AUGAAGCAAAGAUUAUCCAGUGUGGACGAGCAGGAACGAAUGUUGACUCGGGUAAUCGAAGAGAAGUUACAGCUUGAAGAAAACAAGAAAUUGGACGUCUAUUCUUUGCAGAUGGCUCUGGAGGAAAGAACACGAGAAAAGGAACGAUUAGAAGAAAAUCUGGAAACAUGGAGAGAAAAGUACGCUGGUCUUGAAAGCGAUGUGGCACGGCUUCAGAAUGAGCUUGUUUCCGCUGUGGAAAAGAAGUGUGAAUUCGAGGAAAGAUUCCUUGUUGCGAGGGAAGAAGGCUCGGUGAGAACAAAGGAACUUGAGGUUCAAGUGAAGCAGCUGGAGGAAAGGUUGUCCAGUGCCGACGAGCAGGAACGAAGGUUGAGACAAGUAACUGAAGAGAAGUUACAGCUGGAAGAAAACAAGAAAUUGGAAGUUGAAUCUCUGCAGAUGGUUCUGGAGAAAAGUAGACGUGAAAAGGAACGGUUAGAAAAAAAUUUCGAAACAUGGAGAGAAAUUUGCGCUAGUCUUAAAAGCGAUAGGACACUUCUUGAAAAUGACCUUGAUUACGCUGAGGAAGAGAAGCGUCGAUUUGGACUGUCUGUUGCGGAGAGUACAAAGGAACUUCCGAUUCAAGUGAAGCAGCUAUGGUUAAGCUUGUUCAGUGUGGACGAGAUAGUGCAAAUGAUGACUCAGGUAAUCGAAAAGAAGUUACAGCUGGAAGAAGACAGGAAAUUGGUAAUUGAAUGUCUGCAGAUCGCUACCGAGCAAAGUAGACAGGAGGAGGGACGAUUACAAGAAACUAUCGAGUCAUUGCAAAUCCAGAACAAAGGACUCGAGCGCCUGGUGGAGCAGUGCAAGAAUUUAUCAGUAAAAGACCUGAUCCAACCAAUACGAGAAGUAUAUGCAACAGUGUAUUACCUGGACUUGGAGCCUAAAAGAAAGAUCAAUGAGAAGAAAGAAUGUGAACAAACUCUGGAAAGGUCCGUGGAGUGA